AAGCGCAGAGUGAUAAGGAAAGUCUCUUACAAGAGCCAAACAACUCCUUAUACUCUUCCAAAACUCUGCCGCCAAAAAAAUCACAAAACGCACCGUUUCACACACUCUCAACACCCCUUCACCACCGUUCUUCUUCUUCUACUUCUUCUUCUCGAAUGCCGAGACACUAACCUCACGAAAAGACGACAAUGUCCUCACGUCGCCACUCCCUCAGCGGCCCACCGCAACUCACCGCCACCACUCCUCCCAACCUCCGGCAACGCGUCAUCACUUGCCUCAACAAACUCUCCGACCGCGACACACUCGCCGGCGCCACCGUCGAACUCGAAUCCAUCGCUAAAACCCUAAACCACGACACUUUCUCCUCUUUUCUCUCAUGCAUUCACAACACCGAUUCCUCCACGAAAUCACCGGUUCGUAAACAAUGCGUUAACCUCUUAACUCUUCUUUCGAAGUUUCACGGUGACGCUCUUUCGCCAUUUUUGUCGAAAAUGAUUGCUACUGUUCUUCGUCGCAUUCAUGAUCCGGAUACUGUUGUUAGAUCUGCUUGUGUUGAAGCUGUGGCGGAAAUGUCGUUAAGGAUUACUCGACCGGCGUUUGCGGUUGCGUUUUUGAGGCCGUUUAUGGAGGCGUUAACGGUAGAGCAAGAUGUAAACGCGCAGAUCGGAGGUGCGUUGUGUCUUGCGGCGGCGGUUGAGGCGGCGCCGGAGGUGGAUGUGGAGUUGCUGCGUCGGAAUACGCUUCCGAGGUUGGGGAAGGUUUUGAAGACGGAGUCGUGUAAGGCGAAGGCGCCGGUAUUGGUGCUGAUCGGAAGUGUGGUUUCCGUUGGUGGCGCGGCGAGUAGAGGAACGAUGAAUUGGUUGGUUCCGUAUCUUGUUGAGUUGCUUGGAAGUGAGGAUUGGACUGUGAGGAAAGCCUCGGCGGAGGCGUUGGGGAAGGUAGCGUCGGUAGAGAGAGAUUUUGCGACGCAGCAUAAGGUUCUGUGUUUGGAGUCGUUGCAAAAUCGAAGGUUUGAUAAGGUGAAAGUUGUUAGAGAGACUAUGAAUCGUGUAUUGGAUAUGUGGAAGGAAGUAAAGGAUGUGUCUGAAAAUGUUUCUUCUCCUGUUAAGUCUGCAUGUGCUUCAGUUGGUACAGAUGACGGUAAUGGUCGAUGUGGGACCAGAAGUUCACCUGUUGGCUCUAAAUUUUCUCAACCAAAGAAAAUGGUCCCUUCAAACAGGUCCCCUCCAUCUACUGGUUCAAUUUUAUCCUCUGGCAAAAGAGAGAGUCCUCUAAACAAUAAUGACAAGAAUUCAAGAAUGGGGAUGUUGCAUCAGCAGGCUCAUAAGAAAUUAUCUGAUGAAAAACUUGAAUCUCCCAUAUCAAAGUCCUCUCUUUCAAAUAUGACUAAGGAAGAUGAUAUUAAAAGGUGUGACUUUGAAGCUUCUAAGCCAGCCCCAAAUCAGAAUGCGACAAAUUUGAGGGCUGAUGUAAAGCGUGUUUUCGGUAACAAGAUGUCUGACGAGAAAAUCCGGAAGUUUGGUGGUUCAAAAGCUCGUGUAGUUCCAUGUUAUGAUGAUGACGACCUCGAGACAGAUGUUACUGUCAACAAUGAUAAUGAAAUUUGUGAGAGCCCGCAAGAUGUUGAGGAUUUGUCUCUGAUUCGGGACCAACUUGUUCAAAUUGAAAACCAACAAUCAAAUCUAUUAGACCUGCUCCAGAGAUUUAUUGGCACAUCCCAAAAUGGGAUGAAUUUGCUUGAGACACGCGUAUAUGGUCUAGAGAUGGCCUUGGAUGAAAUAUCUUAUGAUUUGGCAGUAUCCAGUGGUCGGAUUCCCAAUACUGAUGCCAUAGACGACAUGUGUUGCAAGCUACCUGGUACUGACUUUUUGAGUUCUAAAUUCUGGAAGAAGACAGACAGUCGGUAUACAACAUCAAGGCUCUCUUUUGGAAGUUCAGCAUCAACUAAUCUUGUGCAUAAUGCAACUGAUAGAAAUGGAAGCAAAGAAAUAUUUACUACAAAUAGCAAAAGAUUUCAGCAUCGUAGGGAUGAGGGUGGAAGUUUUAUGAACCCACUGGCAGAAAUUCAAAGUAAUUUGAAGGGGAGUUCAGGGCAACAUUCGUAUAAAAUCUCUAAAAACUUUGCUCAAGAUGCUGGGAGUGCACAAAGUAACAGUUCCAGCAGAUUUGAUGGCAUUUCAUCAACUAUUGAAGUACUGAGGAACCAGAAUAUCAGAUCAUCCGCGUAGAAGACAUGGUGUCAAUGACUAUUUUAUUGCACCAAGCAUCACAGACUUACGUCGGAUCACUAAUUUGCUGAAAUCAAUCUUCUUGUCCAAGCUGCAGUGCACGAGAGUUUAAAACGACUACUAGUAAAUUAUUGCUUAGAAAAAAGGUCUUUUUUUUUCCUCUCCUAAAUUAGUUAUAGUGAGACAAAAUCAGGAAUGUGUGAAUUUGGAUGUAAAAUGGGAGCAGGAGUUUUCUUGAUGUGUAGUGUAGCAUAAAUGUAGAAAUGUGAUGCAGACGUAGGAGUUCUCUAAUAUGUAUCGUAAUUAUGUUAUUAUCGUAGGUCCUUGGGCCAUUUGCCAUUGGCAGCAGAUAGAAAAGAAAGUGAUUAUGCUGUGUUCGGAGGAAUUCCACAUCUAA